AUGCCCAUCUCUAUAAGCGGCUGCUUCUUCGGGCCCUGCGCCUGCGCGUUCGCUUGCGGGACAAUGCUUCAAGACCCGCGGCCUUAUUUAGAAGACUUCCAGGUCGUGGCGGAGACCACCCGCGCAGCCGUCCAGCAGGUGUCGGCCUCGGCCCCUGCGGUAGCGCACGGCGCGGUCCGCGCGUCGCGGCUGGGCGCCAAAGCCGCCCGCCGGACCCGCUGGCUGUGGAAACCGACUCUAUGGGUUAUGAAGCCGCUGCAGCACGCUGCGGCACGGCGGCUGCUCGGAGAGCCGGAACAGGGCGGCUCUGACGCAGCGAGUACUACAACCGCUGGCGGUGGCGGCCUAGGCGGCAGCCCCGUGGUGCUUGCUGCGGAGGGACUGGCUCAAGCGGUGCAACCGCUGCUGACGUCACACCAUGGGUCGGUGGCGCUAGGGGGUGGUACCGGCAGCAGCAGCAACAACAACGGCGGCUGUGGCGGGCCGCCUGGCACAGAACACCGAAACCGGCGGGGCUAUCGCAGCGACCCGGACGAGCCCCAGCCGGUGCUGAAGACGCCAUCGACCUUGGCGCCAGCGGGAGCUCCGGAUGCAGCUGAAAUGGGCGGUGGAGGCGGAGGAGGGGGUGGCGCCAUCGCCGCCGCCGCCGCGGGCACCGCAGCGGCGCUGUCCAGCGGCGUCAAGCGCGCGGUGAAGGCAGGGGUGCAUGCGGGUCAGAGCCUGAGGCAGCAGCUGCGACCGGGCUGGGAUGAGCGCCGGGGGCAUGGAGAGGGUGAGAGAGACUUGGAGCAGGGGAUUGGGAGCUGCGGCGACGGCGGCGGCGAGGGGACGGGUGGGGCCAUGGCGGCCCGUGGGCCCGUGUUCGAGGGGCUCAGGCGGGAGGUGGCAAUUGGCGGUGCAGCGUUGUCCCUGGCGUUCGCACCCGGCUGGUAG